AUGUUACAUUUGUUCUUGAAUACUUACACCACGACUUUUUAAGGAUCACAUUUGAAUUUUCGGUUUCAAAGACCACUCUAAGGACAACGAAAUUACCUUCUUCAAGAGUUCUGCGCUUGCAACAAGCGCAAACAAAGAAUAGUUAUAGAUACGGAAGGUAAGUCUUUAAUAUGCACCCAUAUGGGCAAUUAUUCUGCUGAUUGACCGACCAAAUUUUGAAGCCCACUAAAUCAUUUCUUUCUAUGAUUUGUGUCGAUUUCAUUUCGUUUCGUGCUACUAGAUUUCAGCACUAUUCGUUCUCUUACUAACUUUUGUAAAAUAUUUUUUGGAUACAAUCAGCCCAGUAGUACUAAUUCGCAUAAAAUUAUUUUUGAAAUCAUCGUACCCAUUUUAGGUUGGUGGGCAAACUAUCCCUGUUUUGUCUGGUCAUACGUCUUCAUUAAAGCCAAAUUGUUGCUUGAAGCUAAAUCUGUCCUUGUUUAUUCCCAGGUAAGUGUGUGAAGGGUAGAUAGAAAAAUGGGCAAGUUUUGGUUGUAACGCGUAACGCAAUCUUCGCAAUAAAAAACUUUCAAAAACAUUUUCCUUAAAAAAGGCAGCUCGUUAGGACAAACCAAUUAUACCUAAUGAUAACACAUAAUGUACACUACAGCUAAGCAAAAUUUUAACAUGUCAAGUUUUUUAAAAUACAUUCAAAGGAUUCAUGAUUCUUGAGUAUCCUUCUUGUAACGCUGGCUUGUAAUUUAUGCACAGUAAUGUUUCCUUACUCGGAACUGGUUAAAUCAAAUGACCACCACAAACCGUAUAAUAUUAAGCCAAGCUUUAAUAAUUAUUCGAUCUAAAAGAAAUACAUUUAUAAUUCGCAAUUAGAACAAACGCAAAUCAAGUCUUUAUCUUGUAACUAAAUUCAAAAACUUCAAUAUAAACUUACUUCUGUGGCGGGUCGUUACAACAGUCUCACUUUACGGGUUAGCAGAUUCUCCAGGUAAGCAGAUUUAGAGACAGAAAAACGAUAACAAAAUAACUUCUUUCUCACUUCGAUUCUGCUGAAAAACUGACUUAAAACAUAAUAAUAAAACAUAAUAAUCCAACGCUUUUAAAUCAAUCUAUUGAAUUAAUGUCAAUCACGAUUCUUGUCAUCGAAUAAAUCUGUCAACACGAGGCAAAGCCUAUUUAUUAAACGAAAUGCAUGGCCUCACAAGAUUUUGAGUAAGGAAAAAAAGCUCAUUAAAAAACGUAACAUAAAAAAAACGCAGACGAGGAUACGUGUACCUUUCUGCACGAGUGUUAUUGACACUUUUUAUUCUGCUCGUUAUUUCAGGACGCGUUCAGCUUACACAAAGUUCACAGGGAGCGUGCUAUUGCAAUCGUACAGAAUGUCAGUGGGCAACAGGGAUUCAAACGAUUGGGCCCAACGUCCUAUUACCAGCAAUAGCAGCUCAUCCUCACUUUCGAGCCUCCCCCGCUCACCGGUUCCAGAAAGAAGCGGGUUGAUGGUAGGGUAUGCACAGAGAGAACAGAGAGAAAUGAGAGAAAGAGAUGAGAGAGGAAAUAGAGAGGGAAUGGAAAGAGAAUUGAAAGAGCGAAGAGAAAGGGAAACAAGAGUGAGAGAAGACAGAACCGCAGAGGAGAGCCUUUCACUUCAGGAGACUCCACCCUGGCAGUGUGAGCAUUACCAAAGGAGAUGUCGUGUCAAGUUUCCAUGUUGCGGAGUGUUUUAUCCGUGCCAACACUGUCACAAUUUAUCGGGGACAUGCUCUGCUGAUGAUAGGAAGGCACAUGAUGCGACGCAUGUUAAGUGCGGCAAUUGUGGACUCGAAGAAGAGGUGAGCAUGUCUUGCAUACUUGGAACCUACUCGUACCAAAGUUGCUUAGAGGAACAAAAUUAUGAAAACCCGGUCGGCUGGUUUAUUUUCGUAACUUAGUUGAAACAAGAGAACUUGACUCCAAUGAGCAGCUGUUUAAGUCAUGCCUCUACAAAAAUUGCUCCAAAUAUUGCUUGUGAAGCAAUGUUUACUUAAACUGGUCGAGAGAUUUCUCUUAAAAACGUAACAUAAAAAAAACGCAGACGAGGAUACGUGUACCUUUCUGCAUGAGUGUUAUUGACACUUUUUAUUCUGCUCGUUAUUUCAGGACGCGUUCAGCUUACACAAAGACAACUUCUUUGCAACAUUUUGAAGUUAGAAAAUCACACUUUUUAACAUAGCAUCCGCUGACUGAUGAUAUUCUAAUCAAUUUCAGAUAAACGAAGAAAGUCAAACCUGCAGACGCUGUGGCGUAAAAUUGUCAAAAUAUUUCUGCCCAAAGUGUAAGCACUUUAUAGGUGUUGACAAGAACCCUUUCCAUUGUGAAAAGUGUGAAAUCUGCCGGUAAGUUGUUUUCAAUUGCAGGGACCGCGCAGCAAGUUUUCGAGUGGGGGGGCUAAAGGAGAAUGCGUGAAGGAAAAUUUUUUGUUAAAUUAUUUUUUGUUUAAUUUAUUUUUAUUCUUGCAAAAAAGUGGGGGGGGCUAAAGCCCCCAGCCCCCCCUUCGCGGUCCCUGAAUUGAAUUAUACUACGACUUAUUGACACGUUCAUUGCCCCGUAUGUUAUACGUUCAAAACAUCCAGUUAUAUACGGAGUCAAAAUCCUUUUUAGAACGUAUUAUUUUCUUUAAACUUGAGGGAGAUAGUUUCAAGGGAAUACAACAAAGGCCGUUGCAAUUACUGGUAACUCGUACGCCCUUUAAACAUUUCUUUAAGUGCCAUUUAAAAUUUCUCCAGGCGAAGCAAAUUUUGGCUAGUGAAACUGAGGCUGUUCUGCCUGGCCAACAAAAUCUGUUCCGAGUGCUGCUGAGAGCGAAGUGAUGCAAAGUUUUGCAUAACAACAUUUUGAAUAAUUUCCAAAAGGUCAUAAAAAGACGUAACAUAGAUUGAAAGAAGAAACGAUACGUUGUACACUGGUCUGUUUUACCUUUGCAAAGAACAUUCCAUGGGUUUUUUCUUUGGGAGAAACAUCGACCGGCUUGGAAUAACGUUAGUGACGUGAUAAACCUAUUAUUUAAUGUAAAAGAAACUGUUUUUCAGCUUUAACAAGGACACAUCCUUUCAUUGCGACGUGUGCAAUGUUUGCAUGGAGAAGCGAUUGGAGGGGAAACAUCCAUGUCGGCCGGACUCAGGACAUGAAGUGUGUCCCAUCUGCCGUGAGGUAAUUAUAGAGAAUAUUUCCUUCUUUUCAAUUGCUUCAAACACAGCCGGGAAUUUACGCUUUGUAGCAAAGAUCUUAAACGACCUCAAAAGCCCCAAGAGACACAGCUCUUAAUGAUGAAAAAUUCCGAUUGUUACUGACACGUUAAAUUCUGCAUGCUAUUUCAGGAGGUGUUCACCAAUGGCCGAAUCAUGCCAUGCUCACACAAGUUCCAUAAAGAGUGUGUCAUUGGAAUGAAAAAUCGUGACAUGUAAGUAUGUUUAAAUAGCCUAUAACAGAGAGUAGAACUUAAGUACUAGUGGUGAUGAUAACGAUGAUAAAUGAUAAUCAUUAGGAUAAUCAGAUAUCAUCAAUAAAGUCUCCAAGUAUGAAAAUGACAACGGCGUUCAUCCUUUGAGAAGACGAUGCUGUCAUCAUGAAACCGUUUUUGCAGUUGUCAAUUGAUGUGUCAAGACCUCUCUCACUUGAUGCCAUGAAGACGCUAUUACGCUCAAGGGAUGUAAACAUCAAACCCAUAUAUUCCGUGGGUGUAAUAAAUAGUGCUAUGUUACAGUAUAAAACGGCAGUAUUUUAGUGUUGAAACUAAUUCAGGAUUGUUUUGGUUUUGCAGAAAACUAACAGCAAUUUCGGCUUGGUCAUUCACGUUUUCGCGCGUUUUCCUGACUUUGAAUUCCUAUUGGUUAUGAGCAUUUCCAAUCGAGUGUCAAAAGAAACCGGGAUUGGGUUGGCUUUCCUUCACUUCGCUCUGUGAUUGGUCUAGAAACCUCACACUAGCUUCUCGACCAAUCAGAUACAAAAUUAAACCCAUCCGCGACGUGAUCACUCUUUUUUUCCCGCCUUUAAAGAAGUUUGCUUUGAGAGCUCUGUAUCUCACAGUUUUUGUUUCUUUUGCUUUUAGUCAUAAUUGUCCGAUAUGCGGCCUGUCUUUGUAUGGUCAGCUCCCCAGUAACUUUCCAGACUCUCGAAACAGAGGAUCCAAGCCAUGAUGGUGAAUACAAGCUAGAAUUCUUUACUACCGAGUGCUUAAACUAUCAGCAUCAAGAAAUGUAUACUCACCAACGUUUCAUGGUUGUUGGCAGCUGAGUUUGUGCUCGUAAUUUCAGUUUCCUUUCAUACGAUAAUUUCCCACGCCAACUUUGCAUAGAUAAGCAGAAAUUUUUAAUUGCAGCUUUUCCACUUUUAUUUCCUAAGCUGCUCUACUGUAACUGAAAUAGGUAUAUUUCAGUAUCAGAGCUGUGAAUUCUCACCUAAGUUUCCUACUUAUUAAUGGCCUAGAGUUUAUUGUAUCCUCUUCCUCAAUUUUGACAGAUGGAGUAUUUAAUUAGAAAUCGCUUUACUUCAAAGAGAGCUUUUCCGCUUCUUUUGUUAUACAGUUCAAAAAUGGUAGAUUUAGAGAACAAUAGAACCACGUACUCCAUCGAACUUAAGGAAGUACAUUGUAAAGCUUUUUCGAUUAUAUAGACGACUGUGUGCCGAUUACAUUGAUUACAAAGUUGAGUAUCCUAGAGGUC